UGCAAAGUGUGUGGUGGUGAGGCGAGCGGUUUUCACUAUGGUGUGGACUCCUGCGAAGGGUGUAAAGGCUUUUUCCGGCGCUGUCUGACCCAGGGCUUGAACAACAAGUGCACCAAUGACGAGAGGUGUGAGAUCACCCCAAUCAGUCGAAACAGUUGCCAGUUCUGUAGGCUGAAGAAGUGCAAGAUGGUCGGAAUGUCCAAAGAA